AUGACUUCCAACUCACCACCACCACAAAGCGGCUCGCGGCCCGAUAAUACAACAUCUCCAUCACCUUUUCGUUCGCUGCUAUCCAGCCCACUGCUGAUACGACAACGUGCCACCAUCGCAGCACGCACAUCGUCCGCCACUUCAUCCGUUUCAUCGCCCGCGUCUCCACAGCCACCGCCACCACGUCCCGCUUCCGUGUUGCCAAGUUUCCUUGGCAGUCCGCUCACACCACCGCCGCACCACCACACUUCCGCAGCCGCAGCGGCAGCAAGUCAAAGUGACGAUAGCGAUACGGUGCGCGAACAAAAUCCUAAGCGUCGCGAAUCAGCCACCCCGCCUGCAUGCUCAUCCACCGCACGAACACCAACACCCGGCGGCGAAACGAUUG